GGCUUACUCCAAUCCCGUUAGACUACGUCCCUCUCAGUAGCAGAUAGUCGCUGUUAACAAUCACAUCAGGGAAUAGCAGUCACAAACAGGCAACGAUAAUAGCGACUGAUAGGAAUAAUUUAUCACGCUCUCAAAACUGGUGGCACCACAAAAGAUGGGCAAGCAACAACAGCAACGAUACUGCAUCAUAGGGGCUGGGGCUGCCGGAAUUUGCGCAGCCAAAUAUGCACUGCAAGCCGGCGGAGAUGUGACGGUGUUCGAGCAGACUGACCAGAUAGGCGGUACCUGGUCGUAUACCGAUGCCGUGGGGAAGGACCGCUUUGGGUUGGACAUCCAUAGCAGCAUGUAUGAUAGCCUGUGGACGAAUUUGCCAAAGGAGAUCAUGGGCUAUGCGGAUUACGAUAUGCCGGAACAGCGCAGAUCGUAUAUCCACUGGAGUGAAGUGUUGGUGUUCUUGAAAGAUUACGCUAGGAAUUUUGAAGUGGAUAAGCAUACGAGGUUUGAGCACUUGGUUGAGGAGGUGAGACCUUACGGAGACGAACAAUGGCAAGUUCGGGUGAAAAAUCUUAGGAAAGAAGAAUGUAGCACGAUGGUCUUUGAUUACGUUUUGGUGUGCAAUGGACACUACUUUGAUCCAGUGUUUCCGGAUUUCGAAGGUAAAGAACACUUCAAAGGCGUACAACUGCAUAGCCAUCAAUACAGAAAGCCUCAUGUAUUCCAAAACCGUAACGUUUUGAUCAUAGGGGCUGGUCCAAGUGGCAGAGAUUUAGUUUUCGCUGCAGCAAACUGUGCGAAAAACGUUUACUUCAGCCACCAUGUGCCACACAAGCUGAAGGAUGCAGUUUUCCCCGACAAUGUCGUACAAGUUCCUGACGUCGCAAAACUCCAUGAAGCUGAUGUGGAAUUUGUCGAUGGAUCAAGACACUCAAUCGACCUUAUCCUCUAUUGCACUGGUUACCACUUCAAUUUUCCAUUUCUGCACAAAGAUUGUGGCAUCGAACUGGACGACGACUGGGUCAAGCCACUGUACAAGCAUAUCCUGAACAUAAACCAUCCAACGAUGGCCUUCAUUGGGAUACCAUUCCUGGUGUGCACAACUCUGAUGUUUGAUUUGCAGUCCCGAUUCGCCAUAAAGUACUAUUCCGGGGAAAGUCCUCUCCCACCGAAGGACGCGAUGAUGAGUGAUUUCGAAAGGGAAAUGAACGAUCGCUGGAAGCGGGGACUGAAGAAGCGACAGGCGCACAUGAUGGGUGGCGAGGUACAAAGGGAUUACUAUAACGAUGUGGCCGAAAGUGCUGGGAUCGAGCCUAUUCCGCCGGUAAUGAUCGACAUGCACAUAGCGAGCCACCGGAGGAAGAACGAGGAUCUGAGGGGUUUCCGGAAUGAUGUGUUUCGGGUGGUGGAUGGUGGAAAGUUUGAAAUGGAGUAUGUCGAGGAGCUCGCUGAUCGGGAAAGGAAGUGAUAUUUUGUUAAAAUGAUGCUGCAGACCUGGUAUGGUUUUUAUAUACAGUGCUUGUUAAUAAAAAGAUAUUAUUUACUAUUUG